GUUUCUAGGUCGCACGGCUGAAUCAAGAAUCUCUCCGUGGUGAAAAGUAAAUUAUUGUUGCAUUGGCAGGUCGUGAUAUGCCUUACAUUUCCAAUUCUCAGGAACCAACAACCGUCGACAAACCCAUGAAUGCUGUUAACAACCCUCCACAAUCCGAACCAAAAAGGGAAGUCUUCCGAUCAGGUUUGAAGCUCUCCGUAGCUGACCAUCCAUAAGAUCUGUGAUUCUCUAUUCUCUCAAGGUAGCGAGAAGCUACCUAGUCGAACGAGACCUAAUAUGUCGGAUAAACUGACAUCAGACAGGGACACAGCUUAGAUCGACUUGUUCGAACCUUACAGCAGAUCUCCGGAAUUUUAAAGCAAAGACCCUCCCACUGGGGAUGGGAUCCAUGCUUUCGAACACGAAGAGGUACGAGAACGACAACCAUGAUGGAAUGAGGCGAGGAUCAUCUGUUACAAAAAACGGACACGACUUGAGAAAAGAAACGUCGGUGGGAGAAAUGGAUGGACUUCGCUUCGCCGACUUGAUGCAUGCGCUGCAAAAAAUUUCAAGUUUACAGCGGGAAGCCACCAGUGCUCGAAUUGAAGCUCGCCAAAAGAGGCGUGAGGCGGCCUUCAAACGGCAAGAAGUUUGGAUCUGGGAUGGAAAGUUUAUGGGUGAAAUCCAAAAACUCUCGGCAAGUGGAAAUCUAGCGGGAUUUGAAGAGUUACAAAGACUUGCUCUUUCAUGUCAAAGUGCCAGGGACGAUUUAGGUCCUCUUGAACAAGAGGGAACUGAGGCAGAACAAUGCUGGGAGGGUCAAAUCUAUAUACUACGGCAAGCCGAAGAACGGCUAUACAACGAGUUUAAUCGCGAAUUUUCAGUUGCUCAUACCUACCCAUCGGCUGCUUCAAGCGAUGUCACAAGUCAAUAUGGCUCCUUGACUGGGACAAGCAAGGAAGACAAGGACGAAAGCACUCCAAACAUAGGUCGAAUGAUUAUUCCGCAUCGAAUAUCAGGAUCCGUCGCCUCGACAUCGAGUCUUCUGCUACAGCCUCUAGUCGACGAAUCGUCUCCUCACGAUGCAGAGUUAAGGGCCCGGGACAUCAUACUACCAGGUCUGGAAGGUAUUACAGCAGAAAUAGGAGAUGACUCAACUGGUUCUGACGUUGGUGACAUCAAUGGGUCCUUGGAUGGCUUGCCAGAAGAUAACAUACAAGGACCGCCGCAACCACUUCCCGAGAGAAGCUAUUCGAGCCUUGAACUGUACCCUCAUCUAGUCCUUAACUUCAAGUCGAAAAGAGACAGAAUCAACAAGUGGCUGGAGGGCAAUAUACUUGAAUCUCACCUGGAGGCGACAUCACUGUAUAGUAUUGUGAAAACUCAACUGGCAGCAGAGCACAAACCCGCACCUUCGAACUGGUCACAACUUGUCAUAGCUUACUGGGAGCUAGACGGAGCUGCAAAUGUUCGAUUCGGUCACGAGAAGUCCAGUUUCGCGAGCAGCAUACAACAGAUACGAACCGAGGCACAAUACAAGACCAUCACAAAACCACCAAAGCAGAAUGAAAAUAACCAGGAGUAUGGGACAGGCCAACCAUCAGAAAGGUCCAUGACUUUUGAUGCAGUCAACUUACGCGAACAAGAUGCGGAACGAGAGAGGAGGGUUUACGAGCCAACAACUGACUCUCGCUCCUUGUGCUCUGGGCCACUAAUCCCACCUUCCCCUCCACAAUCACAGGCGAAUUCAGAGAUGGAGCGAUAUGAUGAGAGAAAACACCUCGAUAUUCACCAACACAAUUAGAAGCUCAGAUCACCGAAGCUUCUCAUGGAAGAAGUAGCUGUCAAUUGGUAGCGGUCAUUCAUGUUGACCGUCGCUCGACGUUCAAAGGCAUCUAUGAACAUUUUCGUCCCAGUCAACACAGCCCCGCUUAAUAUUAGGUUUUCUUGGAAGCAAAUGAACUGACGGAUAAGAAGGAAGCAGUCAUGAGUAAUGACCUCAUAGUGAGGAGCACUGGAAGGAAGGCCGUUAUCGCGACCUGAAGGUUCAGAAAGAUGAAUAAAGCAGCGAGGUAUAUGCCCGCAUGGUGACAGAUGAUUGGGACUGUGGCCUGCCACCCCUAUCAGCACGAAUAUGCAGAAUGCAUGCCCCCCACAUGCGUGCCGUCCAACAUGCAUGAUCAUCUGGACAGACCCCGGGCUUUUAAGACAUCGGUUCCGAUAGAAAGGUCGCAAUCGUGCGCCACCACAAGGCACGAUGUGGCAGCCAACAUCUCCCCGGUGAUGCUUAGGAGCUACUUCUUUAAGUACUCGGGCGUAAUCGACACCAAGAUGAAUCGCUGAUUGCAGAGCCAAAGUUAAGCGAGAUGACUAGUCAGAAGUUACAUCGAUCGAGAAUGUAUCAGUUUGACCAGUUUUGCGGUCCGAGCCGUAAGAGCAACAAUUUCCGUAUUCCUUUGGGAAGAUCAGCCUAAAGCUCAAACUUCGUGCGUCGUCCCACCACACCUGUCAGCAAAACUGAUCAUCAGACUUCGACCUCACGCCACUGUCGGAGAGGUUGCUCUUGCGAACCAAUCCACGAUAAAUUCUUCUAUCAUUGGGCUGAACUCGGCAAAAGAGAUGUUGGAACGGACUUUACCCCCGAUUAUACCGACUUCGGUGGUAGGCAACUGUCUGUUCCUCGGGAGUCGUGCCACGUGUAGCCAAUCCACAAUCUGCCAUGCAGAACAUAUAAAUAAAUUUGGACAACAACACUCGUUGAUACCCAAUUCCAUCCCUGAAAGGAAGUUGCAGAACUCGAUAACAUGCAGAAAGCUGUUUGUAGAUAUGUCCUGUGCUUUGGGUGCGGGGCAUAUUCCAUCAGCCUAGCCCGUGAAAGUCGUGCGUCAACCUGAAUCCACCCGCAUGCAUAUCAGGCGCAUGUUAACACGAUGAAGCGCUGCAGGAUGUGAUGCCUCAUGAGCGACAAGAUUUUGGUUCGACGUGCGUGGCGUGGCGUCUGUACAGGACGCGACAGGACCCCCUGUACGCUAAUCGCGAGACCUGCUGCACGUCAGCGUUCCUCGUUUUCGGGACCAGCAGAGAGCAGAUCGAAAGCUAGAAAGUUCCUUCCGUACAUCUCGCAGUGAAGUUUGCACAACGUGAACUUUGGAUGACAUGACUUUCAUGAAUUUGCUAAGUGCCAUUAAGCGAAAGCGAUGUUCGCCGUAUCAGAUGAGUCCUCCCGGGCUCAUCACUCUGGCUCCUUCGACCUUAUGCUAUCAUAUGCUACCAGUUACCACUCAUAUUCGACGAAUCUGAAUCAAAUUUGUUCUCAUAUUGUGGCUAAAACAGGCUCAAGAAGUGAUUGACACUAUGAUAAAUGCGGCAACAAGGUGCAACAUCUGGCAAUCACCACACUCGGGGCUAGAGUGUGUACAGAUCCAGUGUAGAACAACGUCCAUUCUGAGUACCAGACUUGAUGAGAAGGCCACUGAAGUGAUUAUGAAGAAUUGUGAUCAGGCUACCACGAG